UUGUCUGUGUUUCAGAAUUGCGGAAUGUUGUGUCGAUAUGUAAAUGAGAAUUGAAGUCAAGUAGAUCUUAAGAACCACUUUCCUCUUUUGAUACAUUAUGAUAAAGCUAAAGUUUAAUAUGCUUUUGUCUGAAAAUAAUGGUUUCAAAUACUGACAUUUUCCAAUCCCUUUAGUGAGUCGUCUGUUUUGAAACGCGCCUGUUUGAAAGUAGUUCCCAAUGGACUAGUGACUUUCAUGACCUAGCGUUCGCGUACACACAUGUUAAAUAUUUCAAGUUUGAGCUGGAUGUGUGUUCGUUUACCGUAACCAAACUGGUUUUGCUUUGGGGCUGUUGUCGACGAAAGAUCAUGUUACCGUUGUGGUAUUGUGGAUGUUUCGUAACAUGAGGGGGAAGCGCGCACACUAGUUCUCUUUUUAUACCGUAUAUUAGUAUUCCAGUAAAAUGGCCAAAGGAGUGGCAAUACAUUGGUUCAGAAAAGGCCUUAGGAUACAUGACAACCCAGCGCUUCUGGAAGCGAUAUCCGCUUGUUACAAUGAAAACCUGGAAUUAUGCCCUGUUUUUAUCCUCGACCCUUGGAUCAUAAAGAAGUUGCGCGUUGGCCCAAAUCGUUGGAGGUUCUUACAGCAAUCGUUGUGUGAUUUGGACGCAAAUCUCCGUAAAAUCGGAACAAGAUUGUAUGUUUUGCGUGGUACCCCUGAGGAGACUUUCAAAGAUAAGUUUCAAGAAUGGAAUGUCAAAGUUAUCACUUUUGAAGCAGAUAUAGAACCAUAUGCAAGAGAAAGGGAUGAAAGUGUCAUAAAGAUUGCCAAAACUGCAGGAGCAAGAGUUGUUCAGAAGGUGUCACAUACACUGUAUGAUCCUGAACAUAUUGUACAGAAAAAUAUGGGGAAACCUCCUCUAACAUAUCAGAAAUUGCUGUCAUUGGUAGACAUCAUUGGGCCACCUGAGAAACCUGUGAAAUCACCAUCUAAAUUGUCUGAGAGAAUAACUUUAAAUUCUGUGAAGAUUGAUGAUCAUAAUCAUUGUGUGCCAACCCUUAUUGAGCUUGGAGUGAAUGAGAAACUAUUAAAACCAACAAUUUUUCCUGGUGGAGAAUCUGCUGCUCUUGAUCGACUCAAUUUAAAGAUGAAAAAUAAGGAGUGGGUACGCAAGUUUGAAAAGCCAAACACCUCUCCCAAUAGCUUGGAACCCAGCACAACCGUUCUUAGCCCAUAUUUGAAAUUUGGUUGCCUUUCUGCACGGACAUUUUAUUACAAGUUAAAAGAGGUUAUUGGUACAUGUCCACACACGAAACCUCCUGUGUCACUGUUGGGACAACUUUUAUGGCGAGAAUUUUACUAUGUUGUGGCUGCAGAGACUCCAAAUUUUGACAAAAUGGUUGGAAAUCCUAUAUGUUGUCAAGUACCAUGGAAUAAAAAUGAAGAACAUCUUGCAGCAUGGGCAGAGGGUAGAACAGGAUACCCGUUCAUUGAUGCAAUAAUGAUUCAGUUACGCACUGAAGGGUGGAUUCAUCACCUAAGUCGUCAUGCUGUAGCAUGUUUCCUAACACGCGGAGACCUUUGGAUUUCAUGGGAAGAUGGACAGAAGGUGUUUGAAGAAUUACUUUUGGAUGCUGACUGGGCACUAAAUGCUGGUAACUGGAUGUGGUUAUCAGCUUCUGCAUUUUUUCAUCAGUUCUUCAGGGUUUAUAGCCCUGUCGCAUUUGGCAAGAAAACUGACAAACUUGGAGAAUACAUAAAGAAAUAUGUCCCAGUUUUGCGUAAAUACCCUCCAGAAUAUAUAUAUGAACCAUGGAAAGCACCACUCUCUGUGCAGAAACAAGCUGGUUGUGUUGUUGGAGAAGAUUAUCCGAAAAGAAUUGUGAUACAUGAAGAUGUUUACAAAAUUAACAUAAGCAAAAUGUCUGAGGCAUACAAAAGGUGGAAAGGUGGGAAAAGUAAGCAAGAGGACAAAAUAUCAAACACAGUCAAGAAUAAGAAGAUGAAGAUUACAUAGCGAGUGGAUUUUAAUCAUUUGUUCAAAUGCUGUAUCAGGUUCAUAAUUUUGUAAUUUUGUACUGUGAAAUGUCAGGAUUCAGAGAGAAGCACUUCAAAAUUUCAUUUAAGACAUUCUGAUUCCUGCAUGCUUAUGAUUUGAAGGGGUCGGUGGAAGAAAGUGCUAACCCAUAAGAGCAUAGUUUUGAGCUAUUGCAUCUUAUAUGUUUGGUUGAAUCUACAAAUUGUGUGUCACAAUGGAUUUAACUGUAACUUUUUCUACAGAUGGUUACAGUAUUUGUUUAGCUACACAAUAUGAUCUAUGCGUAAAAAAUUUUUGGUCAGUCCCAGAAAACUUCUUAUUUGUAACAUUGUCCCUACUUUUGUGGUUGAAUGCUCAUCAUCAAAAGUACUUGCAAAACUUCUUUAUUAUAAUACAUCGGAGAAUAAUAUACGAAAGUUUCUAAACACAAGAAAGAUUAAACAGUUACUGCAAUAAUGAUGAAACAUUCACAGUGUGACAACAUCAGUUUUCAUCCACAAUUUAGUAACUAGAUAAAAUGUUUUGUUUUCUUUUGCAUUAAAAAAUUGAAUACUAGGCAACUAAAUCUUCAAACAUACAUAAAUUACAAUGCAGUAUGUAUAACACACUCACAAAGAAACAACAUAUUUUAGUUAACUGCAGUCACAACAUUAAUAAAGUGGCUCCGGAUCUCCAGUUUCUUCAUUAUUCACGCGAGGGCUUUCAAAAUAGUUAUGGUGUGUAGGUGGUGCACAUGCAAGUAACUGACUUAUAUCAUUCAAUUUUUUUUUAAUUCAUAUGCCGUGCGCCACUGUUAAUUCCUGGCCUGCUUUAAGAUGUUGAAAAUUGUCUCCAUCCCUCUUUUUUGUUAUGAAACAUUUAAAAAGUUGGCAACAAUAUUUUGAAAAAGAUAGUUGCUACUCACCAUUUAGUGGAGAUACCGGGUCACAGAUAGGCUCAACAUAAAGAUUGUCAGAAAGUGAGCUUUUGGCCAACAAGCCCUUUGUCGAAAACGCACACCACUCGCACAUACAUAGCGAAAGUUUGUGGCUGCUAAGGCCAGACUUUGGUCAUGUGUGAGUGAGUGUUUUGUCUACUUUCAACGAAGGCCUUGCUGGCCAAAAGCUCAUUUUGUGACAGUCUUUUUGUGGUGCCUGCCUACCUGUGACUCAGUAUCUCCGCUAUAUGGUAAGUAGCAAAUAUCCUUUUCACAAUAUUGUUACAUUCCAUCCUGGAUUUUCUAUAGUUUGAUUUAAAAAGUUUGCAUUUACUUGGUGUCUGAUCUUCAUUACUGUCGGGCUUUUGUGAUCCAAUUAAGACCAAUAUUAUUUUUGAAGUUGAUAUUUUGACCCUCAUCAUAUUUUUGUUUGCUGUGUUAAGCUAUGUUUUCAGUGUGUAGGAAUUAAAAGUCCUCACUGGUUAACUGUGUAAUUAUAAAGUGUUUUAACACCCACAUUUUGAAAUGAGUUUUCUUCACUGCCCAGUUGUGGAAAAGUAUGACUGUUUCCUUGGAUAUUUCUCAACUUUUUUGGCAUCUCGAUCAGAUGAAAGAAAAUAGUGACCAGGUAAUAGAAAGUAAUGUUCAGUUUCUGCAAAGACAUAUGUUAAGAUAAAUUAGUUUACAAGGGAACCAUGUUGUAAUUUUUAUUUUGGACAUCACAGUUACCACCUGCAUACUGAAUCUUCAUAUUAUGGACCUAUUUCAGUAAAUAGCUGUCUACCUCAUUGCUGCCUCUAGCACCAACACUGUUGUCCCACAUAAAUGUAAUGUUGACAUCUGUGGUGCUGUCAUGAAUUCUCACAUUACAUGCCCAAAUUUUGCACAAAUAAAAAGCAGGACCAGAUGGAAGUUUUGGCGGGAUAGCAUCUGCUGGAGAUCAAUAGAAAUUGUGAGUAUGUUUCCUGGCUUAUCUUUUGCUUUGGCAUUCAAUUCUUGAAAUUUCUCCCUAAAACCUUCAGGUCUCCUCAGGUACCGCUGUUUUUCUUUAAGGACUUCUUUCUUUUCAUCUUCAGGGUUCAUCAGGUUGGUGAGUAUAACAUGCAGUUUGUCACAACUCUUGAAAGUAUCUGACUUUGGUAGUUGAAAUCCAUUAUUAUACAAUUGCCAAAAUAUCUGCGUGUACUUGUCUCACUGACAGAUUGAAUGUUUCUUUCGUCACAGUACUUUACAAAGUAACCAUGAUAUAAUGCUGUUAUAUUCAAGUCACUAUUAAAAUACACUUUAUUUGGGCUUUUGA